AUGAAGCACAGUCAGAGCAGUGAAGAUGUCAGAUUAUACCGAUUAUACCGUGGUGACGUGGUGCCCAAAGAUGUCAAUGCUGCCAUUGCCACUCUCAAAACCAAGCGCUCCAUCCAGUUUGUGGACUGGUGCCCUACUGGUUUUAAGGUGGGCAUCAACUACCAGUCACCUACUGUGGUUCCUGGCGGUGACCUGGUCAGGUUCGUUCAGAGGGCGGUGUGCAUGCUGAGUAACACCACUGCUGUCGCAGAGGCUUGGGCUCGACUCGACCACAAGUCUGACUUAAUGUACGCCAAGCGCGCCUUUGUUCACUGGUAUGUAGGGGAGGGUAUGGAGGAGGGAGAGUUCUCUGAGCCCAGAGAGGAUAUGGCCGCUUUGCAGAAGAAUUAUGAGGAGGUUGGAGUCGACUCCAUUGAGGGCAUGUGGGCUUUGUUUUUUUUGUUGGCAAAAGAAAUAUGUUAAUGACAUUGGUACUGUAGUUUCACUUUAUUCAUGAAGCAUUUCUCUACAAUUGGAGCUGAAAUAAAACAGGUUUUACCCAUGAAACUCAUUUUGAAGUCUCAUGUCUUACUUGAUGACCUGAAAUUAAAGCAGUAUUUCCCAGCA